GAGGGGUCUGUAAGGGUAGCCCCUAACCCGGAGCGCUCUCGGGAACCUCCCCCGCCCCGCCCCCAGCUCAGCACCCCCUUCCCUGGGCUCCCCCAGCCGGGCUCAGGCGGUUGCUGUAGUCGCCGCCGAGGGUGGACGCGCACUCAGCGGCUGCAGAGCCGGCGGGAUGGAGGAGGAGCUGGCGGGCGAGACUGAUGGCCUGCUUCCCUUGGAGAGACAGCUCCAUGAAGCCGCCCGCCGGAAUAACGUCGGGAGGAUGAAGGAGUUGCUCUGGAGGAGAGUCAACGUCAGGGCCAGAAACCAUGUGGGCAGGGUGGCCCUGCACUGGGCCGCAGGUGCCGGGCACGAGCAGGCUGUGCGGCUGCUUCUGGAACACAACGCUGCUGUGGACGAGGAGGAUGCGGUAGGGACCCCGUGGAGGCGUGUCUGUUUUGGGAUGAACGCGCUUCUCCUAUCUGCCUGGUUUGGCCACCUCCAGAUCCUCCAGAUCCUGGUAAACUCUGGGGCCAAGGUUCACUGUGAGAACAAGGACGGCCUGACCAUACUGCAUUGUGCAGCCCAGAAAGGCCAUGUGCUGGUGCUGGCAUUCAUAAUGGAGGACCUGGAGGAUGUGGCCCUGGACCGCACCGACCAGCUGGGAAGGACGGCGUUCCACCGGGCUGCUGAACACGGGCAGCUGGAUGCUCUUGACUUCCUUGUGGGCUCUGGCUGCGACCAUGGUGCCAAGGACAAGGAGGGGAACACAGCCCUACAUCUAGCUGCCAGCCGGGGCCACCUGGCUGUGCUACAGCGACUUGUGGACAUCGGGCUGGAGCUGGAGGAACGGAACGCAGAAGGCCUGACUGCCCUGCACGCGGCUGCUGAAGAGACCCACCUUGACUGUGUGCGGCUUCUCCUCAGGGCUGGGAGCAGCGUGAAUGCCCUCACCCAGAAGAAGCAGAGCUGCCUCCACUAUGCAGCCCUCGGUGGUUCAGAGGAUGUGGCCCGGGCCCUAAUCCAUGCAGGAGGCCGCACCAAUGUGGCUGACCAGCAGGGCGCCUCUCCUAUGCACCUGGCAGUGAGGCACAACUUCCCUGUCCUGGUGGAGCUCCUCAUCGAUGCUGGCAGUGACCUGGAUGCCACUGACAAUAGGCAGCAGACGCCUCUCCAUCUUGCUGCAGAACAUGCCUGGCCGGACAUAGCAGAGAUACUCCUGGUCGCUGGAGUUAACUUAAGCCUGAAAGAUAAGCAAGGAAAAACCGCCCUGGCAGUGGCCGCCCGCAGCAACCAUGUCAGCCUGGUGGACAUGAUCAUAAAAGCUGAUCGAUUCUACAGAUGGGAGAAGGAUCACUCCUUGUGCAGAGACCCCAGUGAGCCUUCUGGGCAGAGUGUGACCUUUAAGCAGGACCACCAGCAGGAGACGCAGCAGAUCCGCUCUGUGCUGUGGCAACUGGCCUCCAGGUCCCUGCGGGCCCAUGAGUGGAAGAAGCUGGCAUAUUGCUGGGAGUUCACCGAGGCCCACGUCCAUGCCAUUGAGCAACAGUGGACAGGCACCAAGAGUUAUCGGGAACAUGGCCAUCGGAUGCUGCUCAUCUGGCUGCAUGGUGUGGCCACAGCCAGUGAGAAUCCCAGCAAGGCGCUGUUCGAGGGCCUCGUAGCCAUUGGCCGGAGGGACCUGGCUGGUAAGAGUCCCCUGCCUGGCUCCUGUUCAGCACAGUGCAGCCCCUGGGUCAGAGUUCCAAGAAGCUGCUGGGAUGUCGCAGGGUACAUGGAGGGCCACUCGGACCUCCAUGCCAUGGAGCAGCUCUGAGCUUUCUAGAUUCCUGGUCCCACCUCUGCCUCCUGGAGCUCCAGCAGAGCCUUGGGUAAAUCAGAGAACCUCCUGGCAUCGGUUUCCACAUUUAUUUUGACCUGGAGGAUCCCUGUGACCUUCACAGUUCCAAAGUCACUGCUACCCUCAUCUCUAUCACUUCAGCCUUCUAUACUUUGAUUUUCCGCUCCUUGUUUGGAGUAAGAUGGAAACAGCCUGUAGAUAUCCUUUCACAGACAUUAAUACAUAUAGGCCAGAACUGGCUUCAUAUGAGUUGAUUUGGUUAGUUAAAACUUCUGAAACCAUCACACCCUAUUUGAGUCUGUCAACCCCAAAAGCUUGUAU